GAGUUUAUGAAGCAAGCGCUGUCGGUUCUCGAAUCUCAAAGGCAACUCGUGAGGAAGGACAGCAAAUUCAGUCGUAAUUCGUCAGUAAAAGCGUCUGAACCAAAUAAUUUACUCAAUUGAAUUUAUUGUUGCGAUUAUCUUUAAACAAUUGAAUCAUGAUGAAGUUUGGAGUACUAAUUGGAGUGCUUUUGAUAAGCGUUUGCUCUGGUGAAUUUUGUUACAAUGAUAUUGAAGCUGCUUGUAAUUCUCGUCCACUUACUGAUGGAAUGAUGGCUAAUUGUAACGCAAAGUAUGGAGGAAUUGAUCAAUUGUUGGUUGAUUUGCAAAAAUACGCCAACGCAAACAUUGAAACAAGUUUCGAGUACUUACUUAUGUCAACGCACUUCGGUAAUUAUGGAGUAAACCGUGAAGGAUUCAAAGGGCUUUACCGGAAAUUGUCUGAUAGAGCUUGGGACAAUGCCAUUGAUGUUAUUAAAUUCAUCACCAAACGCGGUGGUAAAAUGAACUUCAAUCAGGCCCCAAGAUUCGAGAAAAAUGGCAAAGAACACCGCGUGGUUGAGGUUUCAGAGUUGAGCAGCUUGGCCAAAGCUUUGGACACCGAAAAACAAAUGGCCAAAGAAGCUAUUCGUAUAAAUGAACAAGCUGGACAUCAUCCAAAGUUCGAUGCUUCAGUGGCUCAUUACAUGGAAGAAAAGUUCAUGGAGUCUCAAGCUGAAACCGUAAGAACAUUGUCAGGACACACCAAUGAUUUGAAAACUCUUCUCUCUGAUAACGACGCUACAUUAUCAGUAUUCUUGUUCGAUGAAUACUUGAAAAAAACUUUGUAAUUUUUUUCUUUAUAAUUAUUCAUUACAGUUCAUCU